AUGGCGUCUUUUCCCCACCUCCGAAGCUUGGUUCCGCCGUCCGCAACAUUUCAUCGUCCUCUUGUAGCUGACCGACCUUCCUCACUGUCGCGCGACUUUGCUCUGGUGCAACCCAUUGUGCUACCGCGAAAUGUCUGGAUCAGUCGUGAAUGUCUGCGUGGUCUUGAGCUCGAAAGCAUGCCUCGCGAAGAAGUAGGAUCGUGCUUCAUAACGAGUGUAGUGUUCAAUACCGCUAAAGAUGUACCCUACCAAUUUCAAACGGCUGAGCACUUAAGAUUAUUUUUGCUUGAGAACCCCUUCGGUAGCUGCAAAUUACGCCUGCUUCCUCCAUCACCGUCUGCCAUCUCCGUCCCCCGCCCACUCGAAGAACGGCGAAACAUAUCUGUCGGCCCUUCCAUUUGUGCCAAUAUCCGCAAAGUAGGAGACCUAAAAUCCCUUUGCGAAGUAGAAAGCAUAGAAACUGGCGCAUUUAUACGAGCAACUCUCGUCUACAUUGAUGACCACGGUAAAACAUGGUUUGGUCAGACAGCUGACAAGAGGACGUAUGAUUUGACUGUCGAGGAUUUAAAUCGACUCCUGGAACCAGUCCCACACGAAAAGAUAUAUCCGCUGAAGACUGCUACUCUAUCAGAAGCGGCAAAGCUCCUACCCCGAAUACUACUUGAAGAAGCAGAGAUCUUACAGUUCCUCGAACAAAAUCCUCAUCCAAAUAUUAUCAGGUCCUACGGCUGCACCGUUGAGCGCGGUCAAAUUACUGGUAUCGCCCUUGACAAGUACAGUGUCAUGUUACAAUACCGCCGCGAGCAUGUUCCACAUCCUCUUGAUAUUGGGGCUUGCAUGCGCGGUAUCCGUGCGGGUAUAAAGCACCUUCAUUCUCUUGGACUUGCGCACAACGAUCUCAAUCCAGCGAACAUUGCUAUGGAUGGCGACGACAACUCAAUCAUUCUAGACUUUGGGUCUUGCAAAAGGUUUGGUGAGAACCUCCUUUCAGGAGGUACAUAUGGUAGGGUAGACGAGGAUUACACUUCAUCAGCUCCACACCACGAUGAAGUCGCUAUCGGAAAAAUAGAGGCAUGGCUCAAAGCACCAGUGACAGAUGAGGCAUGA